AUGUCUUCAUCCACGACCCCACCAUACCUCUACAUCCUCGGCGGCCUUCUCGCGAUCUAUGCCGCCUACACGACGCACUCCCAGCUGCAGGCCUUCAGGACGCGUUGCGUCUCGAAGCCGCCCCAGCAGUCGAACGAUGCAGCCGUGGACAGGUCCACCGAAGACGGUUCUUCCUCUGACAUGCGCAUGGCGGAGCAGAUACUGACUAUGCCGUCUGCAGCCAUCAAGCUCGAGACUUUGGAGGCUUUGGCAAGGGGGAUCAAUUUCGAUCUAAGGAACGCCGCAUUGAAGAUCAUUACCGAGCGUGCAACCACACCCGGAAACAUUGACUUCCUCCUCACGCAGAUCUCGACAAGGCCGCCCGCUCCCCGCCUCCGCGCCCUCAAAGCACUCCGCUGCCUUGCCGCCGCUCCUGGCCCCUUCGGUGCACUCUGUACGCCGCGUGUCUUCCGUACGCUCGUCACAACGCUCAAAAGCACACUCCCGCCGACGCCCGACAGCGCUACCGAGAAGGAAGUCAUCUACAUCCUUACGCAGCUGAUGAAGAGCUAUUUCGCGGCGAAGGAGAUGGCCGUCCAGGCGGGGAUCGUGGACUGGCUGAAGGCUGUCGACCGCAGCGUCGUUGACGUAUGGGAGGUGCUUAGCUGCGUUAACGACACGAUGGAGGGACGGCGUCUGCUGGUUGAGGCGGAGCUGGUUCAGGAAGAACGGGUUGAGGUUGAGGUUGAGGUCGACUUUGUGGAUGUGAACCAGUGGCUGCCUGCCCCUGCUAACAUAGUAGCGGAUCAGUGA